AUGGCAGCCUCAUCGCAGAGGACGCACCUCGGCGGGAUCCCCUUAAGUUACCUGUCGCUCGCGACGCUCGCUAUCCAAAAUGCAGCGCUCAUACUGGUCAUGCACUACUCGCGCAUCAUGCCUCUCAUCGACGGCCACCGAUACUUUACCUCGACCGCCGUUUUCCUAAAUGAAGUCCUCAAACUGGCCAUUGCUCUCGGUGUCGCACUCCACGAUCAGGCGGACAUGGCAGGUGUGGCUAUGGCUUCGCCAGAAGCGUUCAGACUGCUUUACACUGCCGUCUUCACCAGCGACAGUUGGAAGCUUGCUAUUCCCGCCGCUCUAUACACCCUGCAGAACUCGCUGCAGUACAUCGCCGUCAGCAACCUGGACGCCGCAACCUUCCAGGUUACCUACCAGCUCAAGAUUCUUACGACGGCUCUUUUCAGCGUCAUGAUGCUGAACAGGACGCUAUCCACCAAGAAGUGGGUCUCUCUCGUUCUGCUGAUGGUCGGCGUUGCUAUCGUUCAGAUCCCUGUUGACGAUGGGCGCGACGGCAAGAAGGUUGCGCGCGACCUUUCGGAUGGACACGCGGAAAUGAACCGUGCCGCUGGCUUGAUGGCUGUAGUCAUUGCCUGUGCUAUAUCUGGCCUUGCAGGCGUGUACUUCGAGAAAGUUCUCAAAGACAGCAAGCAGGUCACGCUGUGGGUGCGCAACGUCCAGUUGUCCUUCUACUCUCUCUUCCCGGCCUUCUUUAUCGGCGUCGUUGUCAAGGACGGCGCGGCCAUUUCGAGAGACGGCUUCUUCGUUGGUUACAAUUGGGUGGUCUGGACAGCUAUAACGUUUCAGGCUGUUGGCGGUCUGCUUGUUGCGUUAGUCGUCAAUUAUGCGGACAAUAUUGCUAAAAACUUUGCAACAAGCAUAAGCAUUAUCAUCAGCUUCUUGGUAAGCGUUUGGCUGUUCGACUUUUCGAUCACCCUGAAUUUCCUCCUGGGCAUGGUCGUCGUCCUUUACGCCACAUAUCUAUACAGCAGCCCGGAUCGAAGACCGAACCCGAUUGCGUCGCAGCCAGCAUCGCCUCUUGACGUCAGGGACGAAGAAAGAGUUUACUACGACAACACCAGAAUAGCAGUCGGACCAGAGAAACCGACAUGA